GGAUCAACUCAAAUGAUUCCAAAAUCAGAAGUUACAUUUCCAGCUUUGACAGCAACAGCUUCCAGCAUCACCAUGUUCUCUCUUAAUGUUAUAUUACUUACAGUGCUACUUCUAAACUCCAGUGUGCUGAUAUCUGCUGACACUGCAGAGACAGCAAUUGCGUGUGAUGGGGAUGUCCAGCGUCUACAAUGCUAUGUUGGUGUGAUCCAUGUACAGUCUGCAACGUUUGGCCGCACAAGUAGCCAAAUUUGUAGCGUUGGUCGACCAGUGAGUCAAACAUCAAAUAUUAAGUGUUCCAUGGACAUUUCUAUCAUCUCGAAGCGGUGUAAUGGACUGAGAGAGUGUGAGAUAAACACUCAAGGACUCACUGCAACAGAUCCUUGUAUUGGAACCUACAAGUACUACACUACAAACUACAUUUGCGUCCCAGCAAAAACCAGUGUCACUUGUAAUGGAGGAUACAGUUACUUGUAUUGUGAAUACGGUAGAAUUCAGAUAAAUACUGCAAACUAUGGACGUACUGACAAAAUCACCUGCUCUGAAGGACGUCCAUCUAGUCAGACCCAAAACACCAACUGCUAUUCUCCAAAUGCACUCUCUCCUGUUGCAAAAAGAUGCAAUGGGCAGAGAAGUUGUGAGGUGUUUGCGACACAUACAGUCUUUACAGAUCCCUGCAUUGGCACAUACAAGUACCUCACAGUUUCCUAUUUUUGCCUCCCACCUGCAAUCCGUUCAACUCUGAUCUGUGAACACCAAAAUCAGACUCUGAGAUGUGAGGAAGGGACUCGUAUUCACAUUGACAGCGCUAACUAUGGCCGAACUGACAGCAGCACGUGCUCUGCUGGACGACCUGCAACUCAGCUUGUCAAAACGGACUGCUAUGCGGGAAAUUCACUGGCAAUAGUUGCUAAGGAAUGUGAAGACAAAGAUAGCUGUUCCAUACGAGCCUCCAAUGAUGUCUUUUUGGAUCCAUGUAAUGGCACAUUCAAGUACCUGUACAUCACAUACUCCUGUGCGGCUGUCUAAUACAGCAGCUGAUUUCGGAGAUCAGGCUGUGAUUUUGUGGAUUUUAGUCUCUCCAAUUCUCCAUCAACCUCUCCAUUUCCUCUGUGCUCAUUGAUUGGUAAACAUGAGAUUAAAGUGAAUUAGCCAAAUCUAAAUCUGUGUUAAUGUCUUUGGACAUAAAAAAGCUUAUGGCUUAUAAAAUGUAUCGCUUUUUUUUUCAUUGCAAUAAAUUCUUUGAAAAUA